GAAAAAUCUAAAACUUUAUUCGAUGAAAAGCUAGAUGGAACAUUUUGAAAUUCUUGAUGAAAUGGCUGAUUUUCCAGAAGAAUUGAAUGUCAAAGCAAUUUUAGAGAAAGUUAAGGCGUUUUUAGUUGUAAAACAACUAAAAGAAGAUAGUUCGCCAAAUUUGGUCAUACCAAAUCUAUAUAUAGGGUGUUUAGGAACAGUCUUGAAUAAAAAAAAACUCUUUGAAAGUAUAUAAAAUGUAUAAAUAACAGCUUAAAUAACCCAUAUUCUAAGUGUGUGCGAGAUGCCAAUAUUUCCUUAUUAACCAGAAGAUUUUAAAUCUCUUCUCAUUAAUAUCAACGAUAGUGUAGAUUAGGAAAUCAAGUCAAAGUUUGAGAUAGCUAAUGAUUUCAUUCAUUCUGCCAUCUAAAAAAAGUAAAAUGUACUUAUCCAUUGGUAUUUUAUCAUAUAUAUUAAAAGUUUUGCUGGUAAAUCUAGGUCUGCUUCCUUUGUUAUUGCUUAUUUAAUAAAAUAUUUAUAAAUGACACCACUUUAAGCCCUUAAACUCCUCCAAUCAAAGAGAACAAUAGCUUAACCUAAUAUGGGCUUCAUGAAAUAGCUUGAUGCUUAUCAUAAGGAACUCUAUAGAUAGCCACAGAUACAAAAAUAAAAAAAAUAAGAAGAAAGCACUCCUCUUGAGAAAAAAGUGAAAUAAAAUGAACCAGAAGAAGUUUAAAAGUAAAGUAGUGAUCAAUUAGUACUUAAUUCUUGA